AUGUUUGAUUCUUCUGAUGAAUCUAGAGACGAGGAAAUUAGUUUGGCAGAAGCUCGCCGACCAUAUCAAAUAAAUUUAAAUAGUGAUACUGAAUUAAUUAGGAAUAAUACUAGCAAAUGUUGUGGGAGGAGAAAUAAAAGAAAAUCUGUAAUUAUUUUAAUUUUAUUUUUAAAUACAGUCGAACCUCUCUAUGUUAUGUACCCUCAAUACAAGAUACACCUCUAUUUAAUGAACGCUAUUUUAAUUUUGGUAGGGCCCUUGUGUGGGGAGGUAUUUGAGCAUUACCUCUAUUUAAGAUACACUUCUAUUUAG